ACCCCCGUUUCACAAACAACAUCUUUUUCAACAAUUCUAGAGAGAGAAACAGACAGAGUGUGUGUAUGUGUGUGAGAGAGAAAGAUAGAGAGAGAAGGCGCAACAACUCUCUUGUAUUUGUAUCUGGCGCGUUGGUAAACUAACAGUCAUUAAAGAGAAGUUCUAAGCCCAUAAAGAUCAAGAAAGAGCCAAGAAGAGAGAGAAAAAGUAACCUAAAAACACACUGAGCGUGUCUUUUUUUCAAGAAAGAUACAUACGGAGUUCUAUAUAUAUAUAUAGAGAGAGAGAAAGAAAGAAAGAAAGAAAGAGAGAAGGAGAGAGUGUGAGAGGGGGGAUGCCCUCAAAAAACCUCUUCUUUCUCUCACUAAAAAAGGCGAUCGGAAAACCCAAUAGCAUUUGUUCAUACGAUUUGGCCUUUUGGGGUUUCAGUGUAUAGUGUUGAUAGAUUAUAUAUAUUUAUAUUUACACACACACACGACACAACCGUAUAAUUGUAUAGUUAUUAUUUAUAUAUACAUCUUUAUAAUCGUAUAAUGGAGAUGUCACAGUCCGAUCCGGUUACUGAAUGGAACACAUCAGGAGGCCAAACAGGGCUCGAAGAGCCUAUGUGGCAAUUAGGGUUGGAAUCAUACCCUGAACGGCCGGAUGAGGCCGAUUGUAUCUAUUAUUUGCGGACAGGGUUUUGUGGGUACGGUUCUCGCUGUCGGUUCAACCAUCCUCGUGAUCGUAGUUCGGUGGUCGGAGCUAUGAGGUCUGCCGGAGGGGAAUACCCACAGCGGAUUGGGCAACCAGUGUGUCAGUACUACAUGCGAACAGGAAUGUGUAAGUUUGGUGCUUCAUGCAAGUAUCAUCAUCCAAGACAUGGAAUCGGAUCAUCAACCACAGUGUUACUAAAUAUGUCUGGAUACCCUCUUCGUCCUGGUGAAAAGGAGUGUUCGUACUAUGUGAAAACAGGGCAGUGUAAGUUUGGGAUGACCUGUAAAUUUCACCAUCCCCAACCAGUUGGCAUUGCUCCAUCACCACCACCACCACCACCACCUGAAUCAUUUUCUCCGAUGGCAGCUUCUGUUACAUACCAAAGUAUGCAAUCUCCUGUUGCUUCUUCUCAACAGUAUGGAGUGUUUUCUGGCAACUGGCCGGUUUCCAGACCUUCUCUUCUUCCCGGAUCAUAUCUCGCCGGAAGUUAUGGUCCUCCGGUGAUGCUUCCCCCUGGAAUGGUCCCAUUUCCAGGUUGGAAUCCUUACCAGGCACCUGUAAAUCCGAAUAGCAAUGUUGGAGGUGGGUCGAUGUAUGCGAUAAGUCCUUCUCAUUUAUCUCCAGCAGUUCCUUCAUAUGUUUCAAUGGCGGAAUCUGCGUUUCCAGAGAGACCUGGUGAAGCGGAAUGUCAGUAUUAUUUAAAGACGGGGGACUGUAAAUUUGGUUCAUCAUGUCGAUACCAUCAUCCACGGGAAUGGAAUCAGCCAAAGACAAACUUCAUGCUUAGUCCCAUGGGUCUUCCCCUUCGUCCAGGUGCAGCGGUGUGUACACACUAUGCCCAAAAGGGUGUGUGUAAGUUUGGGCCAUCUUGCAAAUUUGAUCACCCAAUGGGUGGAGGUGGGACAUUGAGUUACAGUUCAUCUGCAUCAUCACUUGCUGACAUGUCAGUUGCACCAUAUCCUGUUGGGACUUCGAUUGGAACUUUAGCACCUUCAUCUUCUUCAUCGGACAUUGUUUCUGCAACCAACAAAAACAAAGAUGGUCUUUCUACUUCUACCAGUACCAGUAUAAGUGUCGCUAGUGGUUCGGUGGGGUCCAGUUUGUCACAGAGCAUGCCACUUUCACUUUCUAAAUCCUCCACUGCUGCUGAUUGAUAUACAUUCCCAAAAAUCACAUUUCAUCAACGGAUCCUAACAAACAUGCAUGCCAUCCAUCUUUUCUUCCUUUUUUUUUUUUUUUUUUGGUUUUGGUUUUUGUGACAAGUUCUUUCAUUAGGACUUGGAUCUUGGUUUUUAGUGGUUUACAUAUUUACAUGGUCUCUCCCUCCAUUUUCACUUUCACGUUCACGUUCACGUUACAAAUAAUAAGCCAAAACCAAACGCCCUCCACAUAAAUAUAUAGCUAGCUAGCUAAACUUUUGAAUAACCACAAGGAAGAAAAACGAAAACAAAAAAGAGGGAAAGGUGGUGUCUAUUUAUGUUGUGUAUAGGAAACAAAAACGAUGAAGGCCUGUUUCCUUCUUGAUCUUCUGUUGUGCUUCCUUCCCCUCUGGUUAUUUAAUCUGAAAAGUGAAAAAGUAUUCUUGAAAUGUGUUUUUCUCUCUCCCCUCUAAUUGUUUUGUGGGGAAAUGGAUUUAGUUUAGACAAGUUGCCAUAGAUGUAAGGGGGGAUUAUUAUUUGAAUAAUUUUAUCUUGGACACCAAAACAAUGAGAGUAUGAGACGAGAAGCUGGGAUUUUGUAAUCUCUUGUUAUUAUUACCAUUUUGUUCGUUACCA